GGGCGACGGCCCGUCCCCGCGGCCCCGGCUCUCGCCCGCCGUCGCGGGCCCCCCCCGACACGCGGCUCGCGGGGACCGUUUCCCCCCGCUCCCGCCCCCAGCGUCGGCCGGGGCCGGUAACGGUCUCCGAGCGGAGCCGGCCGGAGCGAACCGCGGCCGGAGCGGCCUCUUCCCCCGCGGCAGCCCCGCAGCCCGCAGGAAAGCGCCGCCGCAGAGCGGCCCCGAGCGAGCCCGUCCCUCCCGCCCCGCGGCUCCCGGCGGCGCCCGUCAGGCGGCGGAGCCCGGCCGGCGAGCGGGGGCAUGGCGGCGCCGGGCCCGGCCUCCCUGCAGCGCCGGCUGCAGAGCUCGCAGGAGGCGCGGCACCGGCAAGCGGUGCUGGUGCGGAAGCCGCAGGCGAAGGUCCUGCAGUACCGGACUCGCUGUCAAGAGCUGGAGCAGCAGCUGGAAGCAGGAGGGGGCUGCCUCCCAGGCAGGUGGGAAGAAGCCACAGAAGCCCUGGAGAAAGGCCUGCUUCAGGUGGAAGAGGAGCAGCAAAGGUGCGAGGAUCUGGCCGAAGUGAACAGUCUGCUGCGGGAGCACCUGGAGAAAGCGAAUGAGGUGAAUUCAGCCCUCAAAGAAGAUGUUGGAAAGCUGACGGUGGAUUGGAUGAGGGCGCGGGAGGAGCUGGAAGCGAAGGAGCGCGAAUGGCGCCAGGAACGUGAGCUCUAUGAGGACUACUUCAGGGGUGACCGUGACCGUCUGCUCGGGCUGUGGCGUCAGGUGGUCACCUUCCGCCGUCAUUUCCUGGAAAUGAAGACGGCCACGGACCGACUGAAGGACUUGGUGGCACUUGAAGAAAACCAUUCCUUGUUACAGCAUGAGUUGGCAGUUGCGAGAGAGACGCUGGAGGAAUCGCACCUUGAGAUGGAUCUGCUGAAGCAAGAGAAACAGGAGCUUAGAGUGGCCCUGGAGAAGCUGGAGCAAGAGAAUGAAGCUCUGCUGGGUAAAGUGGAGGAGAUGGAGAGAGCAAAGAUCUCUGCCCAGGAGAAGCUGAGCUUGUGUAGAAGAGCAAAGAGUGAGCUCUGUGCAGAGAAAGCCCACCUGGAGCAGCUGCUGAAGAAAGCAGAGGAGCAACAAGAGGAGCUGCGAGUAGAGCUGGGGGUCCUGGCAGAGGAGAAGGAAGAAGCCCAAGAGAAACUCCUUGAGGUUUCCCGCCAGCAAGAGUCGUCUCGCAGUGGCCUGGAGCAGUUGCGCCAGGAGUCCUCUCGCCAAGGGCACGCACUGGCCGAGGUGUGCGCAGAGAAGGAGUUGCUGGUGCGGGAGAAGGCUGCCCUGAAGGUGCGACUGGCAGCCCUGGAGCGGGAGAGACAAGGCCUUUCAGAGCAGCUGGCAGAGGCCAGGUCAGGGAAGGAGACCCUGGAAUCCAGCUUGUUUGAGGCUCAGCAGCACUUAUCUGCACUGGAGAUCGCCAGGAGUCAUCUUGAAGUCCAGCUUCACACAGUGGCGCAGGCCAAGGAGGUGAUACAAGGUGAGCGACUCAUGUUUCUGGUGAUCCCCUGCCUAGGCAAGGUGGUAUGAAACCAGCUCUCUGUCCGCAGUGCCUGUGAGGAGUGAAGGAGCUGGAGACAGAUCCCUCCUCCACGGAAACUCAAAGGGCGUAAGGUCAGUAAAGGCAGAACUGUGGUUUGUGCAGACUCUGACUCUUGCCAUUUGUCGUGUUUGCAGGGGAAGUGAAGUGCCUUCAGUGGGAGCUGGAAGCAGAGAGGUCUCUCCUGAAGCAGGAGCGGGAAGACAUGGUGCAAGAGCUCCUGCAGAAAGAACAGCAGCAUAAGGACACCCUCAAACUUCGGGAGGCCGACCACCAAGGGGAGAUAAACAAGCUCCUGCAAGACGUGGUAGGAAACACUAUGCUUCUGAAUCCUUCAAGCCAGCUUUGUGGGCUGGCUUGAGGAGAAGAACAGCCUGAGCGUGUGAAAUGGCAGCAAUGGUCUGUCCCGGGCGACAUGGUGCCGGGCCAGGCAGCAGAGCCAGUGGCUCGUCCUUGAAGGCACGUGGAGACCCCCAGGACUCUGGUGGGACAGUAAAUGCAGGCACGGGUUGCGUGUGGGCGUAAGAGGAAUUCAGCAGAAGAUAGGGUGGUCCCCACCCAAAGCAUGGCAGCAAAGGGCUGGGAUCUUCCCAGACUCCUGCCCGCCAUGGAAUAGACUCCUAACACUGCUGCCAGCUGCAGGCAGGGGAACUUUGUUCCUUCCUUUCUGUCCUUUGGCAGCUGACAGAGGUAUUGGAGCAGACGGAACAGGCCCCUUGUUCCUGGUACUUGAGUUCGUGGCCUGUCCUGUGAGGAGGGCAUGAGGGUAUGGUCUCUUUCUGACCCUGCAGUCCAUCUGCACCUUUUCCUUGACAAAAAGGGAGCCGAGCUUUGAAAAUAGAGACUGUGAGCCUAUGCUGUUUUGAGGAGCUUGGCUGAGACAUCAUCAAAUGACUGAAUGGUUUGGGUUGGAAGAGACCUUAAAAGAUCCUCUAGUUCCAACCUCCAUGCCAGUGGGACACCUCCCACCAGACCAGGUUGCUCCAAGCCCUGUCCAACCUGGCCUUGAACGCCUCCAGGGAUGGGGCAUCCUCAGCUUCUCUGGGCAACCUGGGCCAGUGUCUCAGCAACCUCACAGCAAAAAAUUUCUUCCUAAUAUCACCUCUAAAUCUCCCUUCUUUCAGUUUAAAACUGGUCCCCCUUGAGUCCCUUUAGGGAUUAGAAGGGGCUCUAAGGUCUCCCCGGGGCCUUCUCUUCUCCAGACUGAACCCCCCCAAUUCUCUCAGCCUGUCCUCACAGCAGAGAGGCUCCAGCCCUCGUAGCAUCUUCGUGGCCUCCUCUGGCCCCGCUCCAACAGGUCCGUGUCCUUCUGCUGUUGGUGCCCCAGAGCUGGAGGCAGCACUGCAGGGGUUCUCCCCAGAGCGGAGCAGAGGGGCAGAAUCCCCUCUCUCUCUGCUGGCCACGCUGCUGGGGAUGCAGCCCAGGCUGCGGGGGGCUUUCUUAGCUGGAGUGCAUAUUGCCGGCUUGCCAAAGCUUGAUGGGACCUUUCUGAGGCCACGUUCCCUACCUUGGGUCACUGAGCCAACACUGCACCUGCCCUUCGAUAGUGACGGGGAGGGAGACCACGA